AUGCCAGAGGGCCCAUCAGUGAGGAAGUUCCAGCUGCUGACCUCCCCUUUUGUGGGACAAGUGGUGGUCAAGGUGGGGGGAAGCAGCCAGAAGCUCAAUGUCAAUGACCUGAAUGCCCUGAAGCUCCAGGACUCCCAGGUUCACGGCAAGAACUUGUACCUGGCAUUUGUGGCAGCUGAAGGUCCCUUAGGAGCAACUGCAGACGAGACAGUGCUGCAAAGAGAGGCUGCUUGUGGGGCACACUGUCCUCCCCGAGGACAGGUUGGUGCACUACAUCCCCAUUCCCAGGAUGAGGAGCUGCAGGAACCCCAGCACUCAAGAUCUGAAGCCCCAGAGGCAGCAGAGGGCCGGGGCAAUUGGCUGCGCAUCCACUUUGGCAUGUUCGGCAGCGUCCGGGCAAACGAGUUCUCGAGGGCAAACAAAGCCAAUAAAAGGGGGGACUGGAAGGAUCCUGUGCCCAGGUUGGUUCUGCACUUUGAGAGUGGAGGAUUCCUUGUUUUCUACAACUGCCGGAUGCUCUGGUGCUGCUCUCCGAGUGCUGACCCUGCUUCUGACAUCCUGUCUGUGCAAUUCCACCGUGGCCGGGCCCUGCGUGCCCUCUGUGCACCCGAACCCAUCUGCUACACCCUCCUAGACCAAAAGUAUUUUUCAGGGCUGGGGAACAUCAUUAAGAACGAGAUCUUGUACCUGGCCAGGAUCCACCCAUUAACACCAGGCUCCCUCUUGGCUGUCUCAGAUCUGGAGCAUCUGCUGGACUGUGCUGUUCAGUUCAGCUCUGAGUGGCUGCACAACAAACUGCGUGGCCAAGGGCUGCACCCCCAGGUGUACCAGAAGGAGCAGUGUCCCCUGGGGCAUCCCCUGAUGAAGGACACUUUUGGACCCUCGGGUGGCUUCAAGAGACUGACGUGGUGGUGCCCUCAGUGCCAGCCUGCGGUGCUGCCAGGGGAUGGGGACCCUUCCCCAGUCACUGAGUGA